AUGGACAGAGCUAUGUUGUCUUUAUCCCUUAAAGAUGAUGAUGACUCGCCUUUUAGCUUACCAGAUCUACCCCAGUACUAUGCCUCUGAAAGAAAUGCAUGCAGCAUUAUAGGCCGUCUUCUCAACCCGGAACUUCAGAGAAUGUCUAAGCUGAUACACGAUCUACCACGGAAAUGGCAAAAGUCCUCUAGAGUUCGCGAAUUUGCGUUAACCAGAGAAAGAUUCCAGUUCGUGUUCUUGCAUGAACAUGAUCUCAGAGAAGUUCUAGAUAAAGGCAUGCAGACCUUUGAAGAUUGGGGUUUGGCGAUGGAAAGAUGGAUCGAGAAGCCUCCUCCUGGAUAUCUUGAUUACGUCUCUAUAUGGGUCAGGAUCAGUAACAUACCAGUUAACCACUACACCCACAGAGCUAUCUAUGAUCUCGGAGGUCUCGUAGGGCAUGUGGAAGAAGUAGCUUUUGAUCCGGAAAGAUCACAAUCUCAAGACUAUGUCAGGGUCAAAAUCCGCUUCCAUGUAUCCAAACCUCUAAAGAAAUCGAGGGUUCUGAAUCUUCCUGAUGGAGAACAAACCACAAUCUAUUACUAUUACGAAAGAGUUCAGAAAAGAUGCUACCAUUGUCAAAGACUUACGCAUGCAAAGGAGAGGUGUCCCUUCUUAGAACACACUCAAAGCUCAAGUGGCCGAUCUACUAGUCUUCUGUCCAUGCAGCAGCUUUCUCAACCUCUCCAGGUUCUGUCAGAACAAGAUCCUCUGUUUGGAGUUCUAAAAGAAGAUCAAGUCGGGAUUAAUCCCUUAUCCGGUCGACCCCGCAUAGCACCUGAGAUCCUUCAAGAAAUGCGCAACUAUCUACUGGCUUCAAGCUCUGAAGACAUUCUCGUUCGACAGCAAAGGGUUAUAGCUUCUGUUAAGGAAGCUGAAAAGAACCCGAUCACGCAAAGAACGGCUUUACAACUUUCUCCUCCUCCGAUAUUUACUUCAGAGAUCAACAAGGGCAAAGGAAUUGUCUUCAACUAUGAUCAAGAAGAUAAGCUUAAUCAGCCAACGACAUCAAACUCUCAGCCAAAACUCAUGGCUUCAGCAAUAUCUUCAGGACAGUCUCUAUUCAACUCCACAUCAAAUGUCCUUUGUAGAUUAACUCUACCGUCUCCUCAGAAUCAAUUGGAUCUUCAGGGCAGUAUACCUUUUAUCUUUUCGGUUGGUUCUUCUGGGUUAAAGGAAAAAGCAACGAGGAAACCGGGAAGUUUCAAAAGAAUCUACAACUCUCGAAAGAAGUCUCAUAAGGAGCCAGAAGGAACUGCUCAGACUGUUCUGCCUCAACCUCAAGUCAACAAGAAAAGAAAAGCGGAAGAUGAUUUGGCUGGUGCAUCCAAAGCCGCGAAGAACAAUGCAUCAAAGAUGGUCCCGCGUGAGGGACCGUCCAACACUUAA